AUGACAGAACCUAAAAAAGAAGCUAUUGAGGCAAUGUCAGAAUGUGGUCUAAGACCAAUGGAGUCUUAUAGGUAUAUGUCAACAGAAACUGGCGGAGACGACUGUGUUGGUCAUACGAUGAUUGAUCAUCUAAACUACUGCUACAAGUUAAAAAUGAAGCAAAUUGAUGGCAAGGAUUCACAAACACUAGUGAACAAACUGUAUGGCAUACAAUCAAUAGAUCCCGAGUUCUUUUUCAGAGUAAGACUCAAUGCUGAAGGAAAAGUUGAGUGCCUAUUUUGGAGGGAUUCUAUGAUGAGAGAAGAUUACAAAAUAUAUGGAGAUGUUCUAGUUUUUGAUACUACAUUUAGAACCAAUAAGUACAAUCUCAUAUGUGCUCCAUUUGUUGGUAUAAAUAACCAUUGGAAAAACACAAUGUUUGCUUGUGCUUUCAUUGGGGAUGAAACUACAGAAUCUUUUGUUUGGGUGUUUGAAACUUUUCUGAAGGCUAUGGGAGGAAAGCACCCUAUAUCAAUUUUCACUAAUCAAGAUGCAGCUAUUGCUGCUGGAAUAGAACAGGUUUUUCCUUCUUCAAGACACAGGUUAUGCUUGUGGCACUUGAGUAAAAAUGCAAACAGUAGGUUUGGUUUAUUGAAGUCUGAUAAAAAUUUCAAAAACGCAUUCUACAAGUGUUUAAGUGGGUGUAUAACACCAAAUGAUUUUGAAGAAACUUGGAAAUCUAUGAUCAACACUUUUAAGCUGGAAAAAGAUGAUUGGUUCAACAGAUUGUAUGGUCUUAAAGAAAAAUGGUGUACAGCUUUAAGUAAAGAUUUUUUUUUCUGCCGGUAUACUUUCUUCACAAAGGAGUGA